AUGUCAACCACCAUUGAUGUCCAAGAGUCAAGCUACGUUUCAAAAGGAAAAGCAGUAUUAGUUGCACCCCCAAGGCCAGGAGGAUGGAAGAAAGGGGUAGCCAUAAUCGACUUCGUUCUAAGGUUAGGUGCUAUAGCUGCUGCUCUGGGUGCUGCUGUCACCAUGGGAACCAGUGAUCAGACACUCCCUUUCUUCACUCAGUUCUUUCAGUUUGAAGCCAGCUAUGAUAAUUUUUCUACUUUCCAGUUUUUCGUUAUUACAAUGGGAUUGGUGGGUGGCUACCUGGUCCUCUCCCUUCCUUUCUCUAUUGUGUCCAUCAUACGCCCCCAUGCAGCUGGACCAAGGCUUUUCCUAAUCAUCUUAGACACUGUGUUUCUUACUCUGGCCUCUGCUAGUGCUGCUUCAGCUGCUUCCAUAGUUUAUUUGGCACACAAUGGUAAUCAGAACACAAACUGGCUUGCCAUUUGCAAUCAAUUUGGUGAUUUCUGUGCACAGACAAGUGGAGCAGUGGUGUCAUCGUUUGUUGCUGUGGUUGUCUUUGUAUUGUUGAUUGUUAUGUCUGCUUUGGUUCUUGGGAAGCACUGA